AUGCGCUCGCUGUACCUACCGCUCCUUCUUGCCAGCAGUCGCGCGCUGGCCGCUGCCCCCAAGGACUACGAUGUGCUCCAGUAUAUCGACCCGCUGAUCGGCACCGCCAAUGGAGGCAAUGUCUUCGCUGGCGCUUCUCUGCCCUACGGGAUGGCCAAGGCCGUUGCUGAUACCGACUCCGAGAGUAACCAGGGCGGUUUCGCGUACGAUGGCAGCAACGUCACAGGCUUUUCGAGCAUGCACGACUCCGGAACUGGCGGUAGUCCUUCCCUUGGCAAUUUCCCUCUUUUUGCUUAUCCCGAAUGCGCUGGCGACGAUGUUGACGGCUGUGUUUUCCCGAAGCUUGCCCGGAAAACGAAGUAUACACCCGGCUCGGUGAAGGCGACUCCUGGAUACUUCAGCAUUGGGCUGGAGUCGGGCGUUAAUGUGGACAUGACUGCUGCUCAGCAUACAACACUCUUUCGCUUCAAUUUCACCAAGGCGACUAGUCCGCUUGUUUUCCUAGAUUUGACCGAUCUGUCGGAUUCUAGGCAAGAUAAUGCGACGAUUUCCGUCAACGAGAAGACCGGGCGUAUGACGGGUACUGCUAAGUUCUUGCCUAGCUUUGGAAGUGGGACAUACGAUCUUUCCUUCUGUGCCGACUUCAAAAGCUCUGCUGGUCUACGCGAUAGCGGUAUCUUUGUCGAUGCAAGGGCAAGUGCCGAGGUGCAUGAUUUGAAGAUAUCGAGAGGGAUCAACGGGUAUCCACUACCGGGUGGUGGAUUCGUCCGUUUCAAGUCUCCGUCAGAUGGCCAAGUCCAAGCUCGAGUCGGCCUAAGCUUUAUUAGCUCUGACCAGGCUUGUUCGAAUGCUGAGUCUGAGAUUCCUGAUUUUGAUUUUGAAAAGCUCCACCAGGACGCCAUCGAUCAGUGGACAGAGAAGCUCAAGCCAAUCCGUGUCUCACGGAAUGUUGUUCACCCCUCAGUCCUUACCAACUUCUACAGUGGCAUUUACCGUACCAUGGUGAAUCCUCAGAAUUAUACCGGGGAGAACCCUCUCUGGAGCAGUGAAGAGCCCUACUUUGACUCUUUCUAUUGUUUAUGGGACUCGUUCCGGUCUCAGUUCCCAUUCCUUACCCUUGUUGAUCCAAGCGCAGUCGCUGAGAUGAUACGAUCCAUGAUUGAAACUCAACGUCAUCUUGGGUGGUUGCCGGAUUGCAGAAUGUCGCUGUGCAAGGGUUAUACACAAGGCGGCUCUAACGCAGACAACAUCCUGGCCGACGCCUACGUCAAAGGCCUGGCUAACGGAAUUAAUUGGGAUGACGGCUAUGCUGCUGUGAAGAAAGACGCCGAGGAAGAGCCCUUCGAUUGGUCCAACGAGGGCCGUGGCGGACUCGUCAGCUGGAAAUCAAAGAACUACAUCCCCGUGGAGGACUUUGACUACCUCGGCUUUGGCACCAUGACUCGCAGCAUCUCUCGUACCCUCGAGUACUCCUACAACAACUUUGCUAUUGCCCAAAUAGCCCGUGGCCUCGGCAAAUCAGCCGAUGUAGAGAAGUACGAAGAAAGCUCCGGCUACUGGAAAAACCUGUACAAGAAAGAUCAAGAGUCGUUUCUCCCAAACGGCAAGCCAACCGGCUAUACAGGGUUCUUCCAGCCCAAGUAUCUCAAUGGGACCUGGGGAUAUCAGGACCCUCUCAAAUGCUCCAAUAUCGACACCAGCGGCGCCAUCUGCUCUCUGCAGAACACCGGUCCCGAAACCUUCGAAUCCAGCAUUUGGGAAUACUCAUUCUUCGUCCCCCACGACAUGGCUGCCCUAAUCACCCUCUUCGGCGGCCCGGCCAAAUUCGUCUCGCGCCUCGACUACCUCCACGACAACAACAUAACCUACAUCGGCAACGAGCCUGCCUUCCUAACAGUCUAUCAAUACCACUACGCCGGCCGCCCUGCCAAAUCCACCGCGCGCGUCCGCACGUACAUCCCCGAUUUCUUCGCGCCCACCCCCACCGGCCUCCCCGGCAACGACGACUCCGGCGCCAUGGGCUCCUUCGUCGCGAUGUCGAUGAUGGGCCUGUUUCCGAACCCAGGCCAAAGCGUCUACCUAAUCACAGUGCCCUUCUUCGAGGCCGUGGACAUCACGUCCCCCGUAACAGGCAAGACGGCGACCAUCCGCGUCCUCAACUUCGAGAAGUUCAACUCGGCGAAUAACACCGGGGGCUCGGGCUUUAUCCAGUCUGCGACGUUGAACGGGGAGCCAUAUACGAAGAACUGGGUUGAUCACGAUUUCUUUACAGAGGGGAAGAGCCUGGUCCUUGUGCUUGGUAAGAAUGAGAGUUCGUGGGGGACUGGGCCGGGUGAUCUGCCGCCUUCCUUGUCGACGCAGUCGUCGCAGGCGGAGUUGUUUCAUCCUCAUGCUUUCUCGGGCGAGGGGGUGGAGUAUAAGGGGGUAGGUGCCGGUCAGCACGCUGCGCGCCAUGGCCGGAGAUGGAGUGGUGGGCACGGGCAUUAG